UCAGUCCCGGAAGUUCUUCCACAGUCGCCAUAUUACGAAUAAUACACAUGGGACUGCGGCAUUGCUCGUAAUAAACAUGCCUCAGUAUUGUUGUGUACCGGAAUGUAAAAGUCGGCAAGGUGGGCACAAUUUUCCUAAGGACUCAGGGCUUCGUUUGAAGUGGAGGGUGGCCAUUAAUCGCGUUUGCUCAAAAACAAAACGCCUUUGGAAUCCUGGUCGAUACAGUGUGGUGUGUGCGAAGCACUUCACCCCUUCUGAUUAUAGAGAGACAUUAACUGGUAACUAUAGAUGUUUGAAAUCAACAGCAGUGCCAACAAUAUUCAAUUUUGUUGAGAAAGCCAACAAUGCAGAUCCAUCUGUCACUGCUAGAGCUGAAAGAGCCCAGAAGCGGUCAGAAUUACUGCUGGAGAAUGUGCCUGUGCCAGAUAUCGGCAAUGAAGAAGUCAUCGUGACAGAGCCAGGAGAGAUCAGUGAUGCAGUGGAGGCGGAGGAAAUAGUAAAGGCAGAGGAACCUGUGCAGGCCGGGGUGCAGUGCAGCAUUUUGACGGAUGCUGGAAGCAAAUAUUCUGUGCAGCAAUUUGUAGACAACCCAGAUGCCAUUAUGUACUAUACAGGAUUUGAGAACUAUGAACAUUUUACUUUUUUUUUGAAGGUGCUUGGUCCAGCUGCAUACAGUUUGAAUUAUGAAUCUAAAUCUCUUUCUGUUGAGGAUCACCUUUUUUUAACCCUCAUCAAGCUUCGUCUUGCCAAAGAUGAUAAGGACCUUGGUUUCCUGUUUAAAGUUUCUUCAUCUACGGUUUCGAAGAUAGUUAACACGUGGGUAGUAUUUAUGUAUUAUCAGCUGUCAGAAAUAGACUUUUGGCCUGAUAAACAGACUGUUCAGGAGCACAUGCCUACAGACUUCAAAGCAAAAUUCCCUAAAACAAGAGUGAUCUUAGAUGCUACAGAAAUCCCUAUUCACAAACCUGACAAUGUUGCAGAUCAAAGUGCCACUUUUUCUACUUACAAAAACCGCAACACUUUAAAGGCUGUUGUUGGUUGCAGUCCAAGGGGCGUGUGUACAUAUGUAAGUGAGGCUUAUGGAGGGAGUACAAGUGACAGACAGAUCAUUGAAAGAUCCUCUUUGCUGCAAGAUAAAACCCUUUUCUGCCCUGGUGACAGCAUAAUGGCUGACAGAGGAAUAAUGGUUCAAGAUUUGUUUGCUGGACGGGAUGUCCAUGUCAACACACCUUCUAUGUUAAAAGGCAAGUCACAACUUGAACCAGACACAGUGAUUAGAGAUAGACGAGUUGCCUCAAAAAGAAUACAUGUAGAAAGGUUAAUUGGUCUUGGCAAAACUUAUAAAAUUUUGAAAAGAGAGCUUCAUAGCAAGAAAGUGCCCCUAGGAGGUAUGAUUAUCAAAGUGUGUUUUCUGAUGUCCAAUUUUAGAAGAUCUAUUGUUAGUAAAUAUGCAUAAGUGCUACCAAGGUUGUAUUAUU